CGGUGAAAGUUAGCGCGGCUUGGGGUGCCGGGGGCUCGGUAGCUGUGGUCACCCCUGCGUGCGACCGCUCCCCGGAGUCAUGGUGAACAGGGGCCUGUCCGGAGCCGCCGCCGCCGCUGCCGCUGCGUGCUCCCGGGACUGAGAGACUCGGACUAGGCUAGCGAAGAGGAGGCGGGGGUGGCGGCGGCGGCUGGAGGGGGGGCGCAGCGCCAGCCACCAUGUCGGAUACGCGGCGGCGGGUCAAGGUGUAUACCCUGAACGAGGACCGGCAAUGGGACGACAGGGGCACCGGGCACGUCUCCUCCACCUAUGUGGAGCGGCUCAAGGGCAUGUCGCUCCUGGUGCGGGCCGAGUCCGAUGGGUCACUGCUGUUGGAAUCAAAGAUAAAUCCAAACACUGCAUAUCAGAAACAACAGGAUACAUUAAUUGUUUGGUCAGAAGCUGAAAACUAUGAUCUGGCUCUGAGUUUUCAGGAAAAGGCUGGCUGUGAUGAGAUCUGGGAAAAAAUUUGCCAGGUUCAAGGUAAAGACCCUUCAGUGGAAGUCACCCAGGACCUCAUUGAUGAGUCAGAAGAAGAAAGAUUUGAAGAAAUGCCUGAAACCAGUCAUUUAAUUGACCUGCCUACAUGUGAACUCAACAAACUUGAAGAGAUUGCUGACUUAGUUACCUCAGUUCUCUCCUCACCUAUCCGAAGGGAAAAGUUAGCACUGGCCUUGGAAAAUGAAGGUUAUAUUAAAAAACUACUGCAACUUUUCCAAGUUUGUGAGAACCUAGAGAACACUGAAGGCUUACACCAUUUGUAUGAAAUUAUUAGAGGAAUAUUAUUCCUAAAUAAAGCAACUCUGUUUGAGGUGAUGUUUUCUGAUGAGUGUAUUAUGGAUGUCGUGGGAUGCCUUGAGUACGAUCCUGCUUUGGCUCAGCCAAAAAGGCAUAGAGAAUUCUUGACCAAAACAGCAAAAUUUAAAGAAGUUAUACCAAUAACAGACUCUGAACUUAGGCAAAAGAUCCAUCAGACUUACAGGGUACAAUACAUUCAGGACAUAAUUUUGCCAACACCAUCUGUUUUUGAAGAGAAUUUUCUUUCUACUCUUACUUCCUUUAUUUUCUUCAACAAAGUUGAGAUUGUCAGCAUGUUGCAGGAAGAUGAGAAAUUUUUGUCUGAAGUUUUUGCACAGUUAACAGAUGAAGCUACAGAUGAUGAUAAACGGCGCGAAUUGGUUAAUUUUUUCAAGGAAUUCUGUGCAUUUUCUCAAACAUUACAACCUCAAAACAGGGAUGCAUUUUUCAAAACUUUGGCAAAAUUGGGGAUUCUUCCUGCUCUUGAAAUUGUAAUGGGAAUGGACGAUUUGCAGGUCAGGUCUGCUGCUACAGAUAUAUUUUCUUAUCUAGUAGAAUUUAGUCCAUCAAUGGUCCGAGAAUUUGUUAUGCAAGAAGCCCAGCAGAGUGAUGAUGAUAUUCUUCUCAUCAAUGUAGUAAUUGAACAAAUGAUCUGUGAUACUGACCCUGAACUAGGAGGAGCUGUUCAGUUAAUGGGACUCCUUCGUACUUUAAUUGAUCCAGAGAACAUGUUGGCUACAGCUAAUAAAACUGAAAAAAGCGAAUUUCUAAAUUUCUUCUAUAACCAUUGUAUGCAUGUUCUCACAGCACCACUUUUGGCUAAUACUUCAGAAGACAAAUGUGAAAAGGAUGAAAUAGUUGGCGCUAACAAAAGUAACACAAUUUGCCCUGAUAACUACCAAACAGCACAGCUGCUUGCCUUAAUUUUGGAAUUACUCACAUUUUGUGUGGAACACCACACAUAUCACAUAAAAAAUUAUAUUAUGAACAAAGAUUUGCUAAGACGUGUCUUGGUCUUAAUGAAUUCAAAACAUACGUUCCUGGCAUUAUGUGCUCUUCGUUUCAUGAGGAGGAUAAUUGGUCUUAAAGAUGAAUUUUACAACCGUUACAUCACCAAGGGAAAUCUUUUUGAGCCAGUUAUAAAUGCCCUUCUGGAUAAUGGAACUCGAUACAACCUGUUAAACUCAGCUGUCAUUGAGUUGUUUGAAUUCAUAAGAGUGGAAGAUAUCAAGUCUCUUACUGCACAUAUAGUUGAAAAUUUUUAUAAGGCCCUUGAAUCAAUUGAAUAUGUUCAGACAUUCAAAGGAUUGAAGACAAAAUAUGAACAAGAAAAAGACAGACAAAGUCAGAAACUGAACAGUGUACCAUCUAUAUUGCGUAGCAACAGAUUUCGAAGAGAUGCAAGAGCCUUAGAGGAAGAUGAAGAAAUGUGGUUCAAUGAAGAUGAAGAGGAAGAAGGUGAAGCAGUUGUGCCACCAGGUGAAAAAUCCAAGCCAGAGGAUGAUUUUCCAGAUAGCUAUGAAAAGUUUAUGGAAACUAAAAAAGCAAAAGAAAGUGAAGACAAAGAAAAUCUUCCCAAAAGGACAUCCUCUGGCUUCAAAUUUACUUUCUCUCAUUCUGCCAGUGCUGCUAAUGGAGCAAAUAGUACGAACAGUAAAUCUGUAGUUGCUCAAACACCACCAGCAAGUUCUAAUGGAUCUUCUUCCAAAAAUACAAGCUUGACUACAUCAGUAACAGCCACUAAGGGAAGUCUGGUUGGCCUAGUGGAUUAUCCAGAUGAUGAAGAAGAGGAGGAAGAAGAGGAGACAUCUCCAAGAAAAAGACCUCGCCUUGGCUCAUAAAAACUUUGGGGGGGAGGGGAACCUCACUGUGGGGUAUUACUAAAUGCUGCAACUGUUCAGUGAGCUUAAAAGUCUGAAUCAGAAAGCUUUCUCCCUUGAACAUAUAAGAUAAUAUACAAGGAGUAGCAAAAGACACUCAGUGUAUCAACUAGAAGAGUUUAGUUCUGUAAACACCAGGCUUCCAAGGAACUUUUCUCUUUCUAGUAAUUAAGGAGUUUGCCUUUCAGGCUGUCAAAAAAUGGUGGGUUAAUAGUAAUCAGAACCUGGGUGACAGCUUCUCAGCAAGGAAAGUCUCAGGUUUGGGGAGGGAUGAGGGAGGGGAGCAGGUCAGUAAAAUUUUAAUAUUGCAGGGUUGCCCUGGGUAUGUAUCAGAACUAGAAACGAUUGUGAAACUUCAGUUGCAAACCCAAUAACAUUACUUUUGUAAUGGUGCUGGCCAUAGUGUUCUUUUAUCAGUUGCCUCUUUUAAAACAAUUUUUAGGGAAAACAGAUUUAGCUAGCAUAAAAAUGAAGUUAAACUGUUGGGACCAUUUCUUUAAAAAUUUAACAAAAAUUCAGCCUUUCAGUUUGGGGAAGGCACACCUUGUGCUACCAUGCAUGUUUGAAUUUUACACACCAGGAAUUUCCAGUAUGUAUUUUGGAGAAAAGCAAGCUGGUUUAAAAAUGGACAGUUUUGUUCAUCUAACAUUGAAACCAGCACUUCCAGAGAUACUGAUGACAGAAAUCAGUAGUUUCCCAAGAGAAUGUUCUCCAGGAAUUUGCUUGUGGCUAUAGCAGAGUCCUUUCAGCUGCACCAAAGUACAAGCAUUUGUGGAAGGUACAGUAUCAAGUCACUUUCUGCUGUUAGUAAAGCUUCUCUUUUGCUAAGCAGCUGUCAUCCUGUCACAUUUGCAACUUGCUUGAUGUGUCAGCUGAUAAGCACUAACACACAGAGGUUUAAAUAGUGCUGAACUAAGUGGCAUUUAACAUCAAGAAGCCAUUUUGGACCAAGAAGUUACUAGAAAAAUCAGCCUGCAGCACAUAAACCUUUUCCUUAAGCAGGGGUGUGAUAUGAAAGCUGCUUUUUUUCUUUGUUUGUUUUUGAAGAGUAAAAGCACAUUCCAUGUACACAAAUGAAUUGCAAAAAUAAUUGAGGCAAACAGUUGAAGUUUUAUUUUCAAAGAGCAGCAAGUAAUCUGUAAAUAUUUUAAUGUUAGUUUGCCCAUCUAUGAUCUGAGAUCAUGCUAAAAUGAGAAAAAUGUCCCCAAACUCUAUAAUUAAUGUGUUAGAAAUGAUAAAAGCUCAAAACUAUGAAACCAGCUGCAAUCCACCACAUAGAGAUCGCCCUUGUAAUGUGUUAUGGGUCCAUUUUUCCUGGAAUAGUUUAAACUGAAGCAGUUUCCCUGUUUUGGAGAUUUUGUAGUUAAUUUUAAUUUUAGCUAUUGUUUGGAAAAGAUGGGCUGUCUGUGUAGAUAUGAAGUAUAGUUUUUUCCAUAAAACAGAAUUUAUUUUGUAUUAAAAAUACCACUGUACUUGUUUUACACCAUUUGUAUACAUGUGGUGAUAUUAAUGCUGAAAUGUAAAAUUCAGGAAUUAAAAUGUGACCCUGUAA